AUUGGGUAUAAUAGCGCGUAUUUAUUUAUCCUAAAAAACAAAGCGAGGGUAGAUUUGAAAUUCAAUAAAUAAAAUGGAUAAGAAGUUUAUAAUAGUUUCUCUAGAAGGAAAUGUUGGUGCUGGCAAAUCUACUUUGUUUGAAAUAUUGAGAAAGGAAUUCCCUAAAGCUAUUUUCUUAAUGGAACCUUUAGAAUAAUGGUAAAAAGUACAUGGUAAUCCUAAUCUUAACAUUCUUGAGAAGUAUUACUCUGACAUUCAACGUUGGGGAUUCACUUUUUAAAUUUAUGCUUAUCAAUCUAGAUUAAUGGCAUGGGAUAGAUAAUUACGUGCUGUUUUAAAAGAAUAAAAAUUAUAACAGAUUGAUAAUAAUUAGUUUUCUUCUCCAUCUACAAAUGCUGAAGAUGAACCUAUCUUAGUAUUUACUGAGAGAAGUAUUGAAAGUGCUAGAGAGUUAUUUUUCAAAUUAUGUUAUAAUGAUGGAACAAUUAAUGAACUUGAAUAUCAUAUUUAUGAAGAGUUUUAUGAAUGGUUAAUGGAGCAUUAUAAAUAAUAUUUAGUUGAUUGUGUUAUUUAUGUUAACACACCACCUGAAAUGUGUUUAGAACGAUUAAAUAGAAGAGGAAGAUAAGAGGAAGCUUGUGUACCACUUGAUUAUUUGAAAAAAUUGCAUUAAAGACAUGAAGAUUGGCUUUCUGAAAAUACUAACAAAUUCAAAAUUAUUAAUAUUGAUGCCACCAAAAAUUAUGUUCAAGAUUUAAAUAUUAGAGAAGCUGUUCGUAGAUAAUUAAUUGAUGAAAUAUCCACUUUGAUUGAUUGAUUGAUUGAUAAAGUAUACUAAG